CUCUGCAAUUGCUCCAUGCUACAGAGUAGCUUGUGUAUUACCCUGAGUCAUCGUGUGGCACCUGGAGCUGACCAUUGCCCACUCUGUCAAAGGGGGCUUUUACUUGGAGUCAGGAAACAUCAGGAUCUGUCGUCUUUUAUCAAACUUCCUAUUUUAGGAUUUUGUCGAGAGCCUUCCACAGAACAUGAUCCACCUCCAACUGCAGAUGUCGAACAGAUGAGUUUCUCCUCUCCUGUGCUUCCCAUGAACUCUGUGGGCAAUGACCGGGUUGAUCAGCGAACCUGCCUUAUCUGUGGAGACCGAGCUACGGGCCUGCACUAUGGGAUCAUCUCCUGUGAAGGCUGCAAAGGGUUUUUCAAAAGGAGCAUUUGCAACAAGCGGGUUUACAGAUGCAGUCGGGACAAGAACUGUGUCAUGUCACGCAAACAGCGAAACCGAUGCCAGUAUUGCAGGCUGCUCAAGUGCCUCCAGAUGGGGAUGAACAGGAAAGCAAUCCGAGAAGAUGGCAUGCCAGGAGGCAGGAACAAAAGUAUUGGACCUGUCCAGAUCUCAGAGGAGGAGAUUGAAAGAAUUAUGUCUGGACAAGAAUUUGAGGGGGAAGCAAACAUCUCUUGGAGUAACAACGGAGACAGUGACCACAGCUCUCCCGGGAAUGGAGUUUCUGAGAGCAACCAGCCGUCACCUGUUUCUACUCCGUCUUCAAGGUCUGUGGAGCUGAAUGGAUUCACUGCACUCAGGGAUCAGUACAUUGGGACGCCAGUGUCCACGCACUAUCAGUACCUACCGCACCUUUUUAACUACUCGGCUCACUCGGCUCUGGUGCCCCCUCAGGCCCGAAGCCUGGAUCCCCAGUCCCAUGGGCUCAUCAACCAGCUGGUGUCAGCUGAGGACCUGGAGCCGCUUGGCCACCAACCGGUUCCCCGUUCACAUCCCUCGUCCAGAGCUGCAGGGAUGGCGUUCUUUUCUGGGGAGGAGCAUAGGGUAACGUCCUUGCUGUGCUGCGUGGGGGCCAGUGGCCAGUCUCUGUUCUCGCCACUGGAUGACACUGGUCACCAGGAACCGGGACACAUGCAGACGUUACCUUGUCCUCAUGCCUUGGUGUUAAUCCGGUUGUAUGUUUUCCUGUUGACUGCCUGCAGGUACAAAGUGACUCAGGCAGAGCUGUUUGCGUUGCUGUGUCGUCUGGCAGACGAGUUGCUUUUCAGGCAGAUUGCUUGGAUUAAGAAACUGCCGUUCUUCUGUGAACUCUCAAUCAAGGACUAUACCUGCCUGCUCGGCUCCACAUGGCAGGAGCUGAUUCUGCUGUCCUCACUAACCGUGUACAGCAAACAGAUCUUUGGCGACCUUGCUGAUGUCACCUCCAAGUACUCUCCCUCGGAGGAUGAGCUGCACAGAUUCAGUGAAGAGGGAAUGGAGGUGAUGGAACGGCUGAUCUACCUCUACCGCAAAUUUAACCAGCUGAAGGUCAGCAACGAGGAGUAUGCGUGUAUGAAAGCCAUUAACUUCCUCAACCAAGACAUUAGGGGCCUGACUAAUACGUCCCAACUGGAGCAGUUGAAUAAACGGUAUUGGUACGUGUGCCAGGAUUUUACGGAAUACAAGUACCCACAUCAGCCAAACCGCUUUCCGGAUCUAAUGAUGUGUUUGCCCGAGAUUCGAUACAUUGCAGGAAAAAUGGUGAAUGUUCCUCUGCAGCAGCUGCCCCUCCUCUUUUCCAAAAGAAUAGCAAAUGUGUAA